AUGAUGAGUGCCUCGAGUGCAGGGCAAACACGUCGGCGCGAUUGACCCCCGGGGGGGUAAAAGGCAGGUCGACGGGGGGAAACACCAAAGCGCUGCGCGAAUCGGGAUGGAGAGGAUCGCGAGGCUCGUCUGCGUCUUGGCCGUGGUCGCGCCGGGGAGAGGCUUCCUUCCCGCGAAGUUCCUGGAUCAGUGGGGGCCGAUUCUGGAUCCCAACAAGCCCGAAAUCAAGCCAUGCCUCAAGUCAGUGAGCGAGAACGAAAGCCUUCGGACGCAUUGGGACAUCACUCUUCAGGGAGUGGCCGGUGCCAUACUGGAGUAUUGUAGGGAGCAUCCUCUCUACGUCGGACAGUCUCUGGAUCUGCCAGAUCGUGAUUACAACUUCGUCGACGUCUGGACGGCGUACAACCGGAUGGCCAACACGACCGCGGUGUCGUCUCCGAGCAAGCUGAUGAGGGCCGUGAUGGGGCUGCUGGCGUGGAACGGGGCGAGCGACGCUUUCCCGCUCUCGGAAGUCCCUUCUCUUCACUUCCAUUCGGAGCGCCUGGAGGAAGGUCAACAGCAGCUUCUUAGGAGGUACCAGGAGAUGUUCUUGAGUUCGCUGACGAAGGGGGAGGCGUGGGGCAUGGUCGAGCCCCUCGCCACGGUCCUCCACUCCGUGCAGGACUUCUACAGUCACACCAAUUGGGUGGAGUUGGGGAAUGUCCUCCUGGCGGAGCUCGGUUUCCCAGAGAACGAUUGGGAGGGCGUGGGGAUCGCGCCCAAUGGUCAGGCGACCUGUAAGGACUGUUCUGGAGAGGGAGAGUGCAUCGAUAACUUCGUCGAUGGUCUUGUUAAUCUCACCAGUGGGUAUUUGAAGGGCUCGGCGACGAGGAAGUACCUGAAGGGACUCCGGACCGGGAUCGGCGAGGAGAGCUUCGCUUCGCUCUUCGACCUCCAUCGGUCCCCGACGCUGGCUGUCGUCGUGAGGCUAGACGUGGAUAUGAAAUCGCUGGUGGAUAUGAUCAGGACUCACUUGGACGACGUGACAGGGACGGUCCAGGAGCCCCGAUAUUACGUCCUCACUUACUUCGACAAAGCUUGCGCUAUACACACGAAGACGACGACAUCAAGGGAGGAAUUCCUGGUCGCCUUGGAAGCCGCCACCGAGAAAUGCGAUAAUCGCCUGAAUCUGGCGACUGCCGCGAUCGAGACGCUGCGGCUCGUCCCGGUCGGAUCGCCCGUCUUCGUCAUCACGAAGAAGGGCUACCCGAGCGAUCCGGCUUUGGUUAAGGAUGCCUACGCGCUCGCGGUCGCGAAGAGAUCAAAGGUGCACUUCGUCCUCGUCAGUACGGCUUGCGAUGAAAUGGGCUUGGAGACUCUGUCGCUCUACACCGGGGGCGUGGCAGUGUGCGAAGGCGUCUUGAACAAUCUGGGGUCGCCGUUCCUCGCAGCUCUUCUCUCCGAGCAAGCAACUCUGAUCAAAUUCAAAAAUAAAGAUGAGAUCAAACGGACUUUCUCAGUGGACUCGUCCAUUUCGACAGUGGAAUUCCUGAUGUCAGGGACGAUCAAUUCCCUCGACCUGAAAAGCUCCAUCACGAGAACGGACGGCAUUGAAAUCCCGUUCGAGAAUUUGGAAGGGAACAAUGUUCCGGAUGGCGUGGAGCUGAUCGCAAAAAGCGAGAGGUGGAUGCACAUAAAAGCGACCGUCAGGGGAGGGGUCGACCAUGGGACUUGGGAAAUCUAUUUCAGGAGGAUGGAAAAUAAGAAUAUCUUGACGCUGCACGUGCUGGCAGCCACGCCGCUGGACGUCGCCGUCCAGUUCUCGUUCAACGGGGAGACGAAAUAUGGCAUCCAGGGACCGCAGGCGCUUCUUCAGCCCGUCGCCGUCACGAGCGACACGAAAAAUCUCCAAGUGUGGGGAAUGGGGAGCUUCCCGUGGAACUACACGAUCGACGACCAAGCGACUUAUGCAACUUUGCACAAGGAGGAUUGGAGUAAUUUGGAUAUGUUGCCUGUCGAUGCCUCGGAGCAGACGUUCUACGUGAACCGCCUGGAAGUAACCAAUCAGCAGGCGUUCUUCGUGGAGGUCAAAUUCCAGCUCAAGAAAAAACCGCGAGGAGGGAGGGAGCUUCCUCUUUCCGUGUGGAGAACCCUUCCGGGAUUGUAUCCGGCGGCGUCGUCCGUGGGCAUCUUCCCCAUCCGGGGGGAAAAUUCCUCUUCCAUUCCUCACGGCGGGAGUGGCACUUUCAAAUUUCGAGUCGUCAAUUUCGGCGCGGAAGCGGUGAAGUACGACUUUAAUGUACGAUAUUACCCCAAUUCCGCCACCGAUGGACCGUCUGGGAACGACAUCAAUUUGGAGCCGGAAGAAGAAAGGGAGAUCGAAUUGACAUUGACUGCAGAUCCGAAAUGGGAUGUCGGGACGCAAUCGCUCGUGAUCGCCACCGUGAUAUCCCCGCCGCCACAGGCCGGAGGCGAUCAGUACCCCCUGGAAACGGUCACCAUGGCUGUGCUUCCCGUCGUCGUCACGUUCCCUGAGGGUAUGGAGGGCCUCGGGGAACCGCCGACGUGCGACGUGGAAAUGCAUUUUCUGGACUGCGAGAACUUCCUCGGGGAGGGCAAUUGCGAACAGAGGAAUUGGACUUCCAAGGUCAGGGCGAAGGACUCCGACGGAGAUCUGAUCCGGAUCCGCGUGGUGUCGGGCGGGAGGGAGGAGGCGCUCUUCGAAGGCUCCUACCCCGGCUCCCGUGAGGAGGAUAGAGACUUUCGGGAUUCUUGUUGCAACUCGAUCGGCACUUUUUCCUGCGCCGAUCUCCGCGGGAACACCGUGCAAAAGGAGUUCAACAUCGCUGGGGAGUUCGGAGAAAGCCGGAACGCGACGGGGAUGAUCCUGGGCAUCGUGUUGGGGACGAUCCUGGCUGUCCUGCUCAUCGGCGGGGUCGCCUGGUUCGUCUGGUAUCGCAAGAGGGUCACCAAGAGGAAGGCGCUGGCGGGGAGGGGGGAUCCCGACGACGAUUGAGUUCCGCCUUCAGACUUUGCUCAAGACUGCCGUUGAGUGAAAUUUUCCGCGAGUUUUUUUUGAGUGAAUUUUUGAGGGAAAUUUUGAGUGAUUUUUUUUAAUUAUUAUUGCGGUGUGUCUUGGCUUGCUCUGAGUCGAAUCGCGUGGAAGAGAUUUGAACUCGAGAAGUUUUCCCGUCGUCGAUGCCCGAAGAGUUUUCAUUUGUAUCGAAAGAUGACCGAGGAGAGACAAACUUUCGCAAUAAAAGUGAAUAUUGAAG